GAACCAACGCCGUAUUAACGCCGUAUCAAAGACACCGUAAGUUGAGGGGGCCGUAUAGCUUUUAUUAUCUUAUCCUUAAAUAGCACUCCAGCUUCGCACAAUGGUUUUCGAAUCUAGUUCACUUCUUCUAUCAUCUUGACCACAUCAGUUCUCGCAUCUCAAAAACGCAAUGGAUUGUUUCCCUCCAAAAAAGCGCAUUUGUCUGGAUUUGCAUCAUUAUGCUAUCCCUACCACCUCUGCGGACUCAGAUAUUGCUGUUCAACAAGACUUUAACGUCCCUCAACAACGCGAAACUUCCCUAGAUCGUUUUAAUCUCUUUCGAUGGCUUCCUAAGGAGCUUCAGCUCGAAAUAUGGAAGGUGGCUGCUGCAGAUAUUGAUGCGCAAAUCGUUACGAUAGACACCAAGGUCCACCCCAUCAAUGAAGAAUUGCAAGUCAAUCAAUACCAUCGAGGUACCGCAUAUACUCAUAAAAAUAGCGCAUCCGUCGAUACUGCAACCACAUCACUCACAGCCCAGUAUCGGAUUCCAAGUCUUCUCCACGCCUGUGCAGAUGCUAGAGAAGUGGCGUUGAAAUACUACCGCCCAGUUUUUGGCCGCGAAAUAGGCGGCGCACCGAUCUACAUUGCUAUAGACAAUCUUCGUGCCUCCGACACCAUUUGUUUCAAAAACCUGAAUGCUCUAAAAAUGCUGCGCUCAUGCACACGAAAUUUCAACCAAAGCGAAAAAAACGACAUGGAUUUUAUCAAAUCUGCCAUCGUGUGUAUGGAGGUGCACAAUGGCCAUCGCGAAAACUAUCGAAGUAUCCGUUGGAUAACAUCAUCCCUUCGAGAGGUCAGCACUCUAUGGAUUGCGCAAGAGAAGUCGCAUAUUCAUAGCCACAAACAAAACUUGACAGCAUUCAUCGUAAAGCAUUUAUCACACUUACUGGCAGAAGUCAUGAUCGAGCAGCAUGCCACCUUGCAACAAAAGGAAAAGUUUGUGGAUCUUGAUUCACUUUUCGACGAAAUUAUCAGAUGUGUGGAAAACACAAAUCAUUCUAUUGCGACCUAUGGAUUUGAACUCCCGCAGGCGAGAAUCACGUCAGUAGAUGAGCUGAAUCGAAUUUCUGAGCAGUCGUUUGGGACAGGGGCACGAUCUCUUGCUUCUCUUGAUUAUCUUCAAAAGUUGCUGAGGUAAAAGGACUUUGGGUUGGGCUAUUGGUGGAAAUGAGAUGAGCCAAGCGAAGCGAGGAAGAGCCAGGAAAGGUUACUCUGGCUAAUCGAGGCAGACUCGAAUGUCAAACAGCCGUACUGACAAAGUCGGAUUCAUUCGGGUGAAUUAUGUAGAUGGCCAGUGGAUAGAAUGAUGAGGGAGAUGAUUGGGAACCAAGAUAAAUGUAUAGUGAUAUCA